GGCUCGGUUAGCUGCAGGCGCCUCUGCUCCUCCUGACCCAGCGAGCAGCUGGAUUGUCAAUUUCAGGUCUCCCAGGCACCGUUGCGUUGAGCUCUCCUCCCCCCCCCGCCCGCAACUCUGGACGCUGGCUGACAUCUCCCGGGAGCGGAGCUGCAUGUGCCUGGGCAGAGCCGAGGGAGAAUGGCAGUCCUCAAACUCACCGACCAGCCACCACUGGUCCAAGCAAUUUUCAGCGGUGAUCCAGAGGAGAUACGGAUGUUGAUCUACAAAACUGAGGAUGUUAAUGCUCUGGAUGGUGAGAAACGCACCCCGCUUCAUGUUGCGGCUUUUCUGGGGGAUGCAGAGAUCAUUGAGCUCCUCAUUUUGUCAGGGGCUCGUGUCAAUGCCAAGGACAAUAUGUGGCUGACCCCUCUUCAUCGGGCUGUCGCCUCAAGGAGCGAAGAAGCAGUACAAGUAUUGAUUAAGCAUUCAGCGGAUGUUAAUGCUCGGGACAAGAACUGGCAGACUCCAUUGCAUGUAGCAGCUGCAAACAAAGCAGUGAAGUGCGCAGAAGUAAUCAUUCCAAUGCUGAGCAGCGUCAAUGUCUCUGACAGAGGGGGGCGGACAGCACUACACCAUGCAGCUCUGAACGGCCACAUUGAGAUGGUGAACUUGCUUUUAGCCAAAGGGGCAAACAUCAAUGCUUUCGACAAAAAAGACAGGAGAGCUAUUCAUUGGGCAGCAUAUAUGGGCCACCUGGAAGUUGUUGCCUUGCUGAUUAACCAUGGUGCAGAGGUGACUUGUAAGGACAAAAAGGGUUACACUCCACUUCAUGCUGCUGCAUCCAAUGGGCAGAUUAAUGUAGUGAAACACCUUCUUAAUCUAGGUGUAGAGAUUGAUGAAAUGAAUGUCUACGGAAAUACUGCGCUCCACAUUGCAUGUUAUAAUGGUCAGGAUUCUGUAGUUAAUGAGUUGAUUGACUAUGGUGCUAAUGUUAAUCAGCCUAAUAACAGUGGAUUUACCCCCUUGCAUUUUGCUGCUGCCUCCACUCAUGGAGCUUUGUGUCUUGAACUGCUAGUGAAUAAUGGAGCAGAUGUUAAUAUUCAGAGUAAAGAUGGCAAGAGUCCACUGCACAUGACAGCUGUCCACGGGAGGUUCACACGGUCGCAAACCCUUAUUCAGAAUGGAGGUGAAAUUGACUGUGUUGAUAAGGAUGGCAACACCCCUCUGCAUGUGGCUGCGAGAUAUGGACAUGAGCUUUUGAUUAACACCCUAAUAACCAGCGGAGCUGAUGCUGCCAAGUGUGGUAUCCACAACAUGUUCCCCUUACAUUUAGCAGCACUAAACGCUCACUCGGACUGCUGCAGGAAGUUGUUGUCAUCAGGACAAAAGUAUAGCAUAGUGUCCUUGUUUAGUAAUGAGCACGUGCUGUCUGCAGGCUUUGAAAUAGACACCCCAGAUAAUUUUGGAAGAACGUGCCUCCACGCUGCUGCUGCAGGAGGUAACGUUGAAUGUGUAAAACUCUUGCAGAGCAGUGGAGCAGAUUUUAAUAAAAAGGACAAAUGUGGGAGGACACCUUUGCACUAUGCAGCUGCGAAUUGUCAUUUCCAUUGUAUCGAGACACUGGUGACCACAGGGGCAAAUAUUAAUGAAACGGAUGACUGGGGACGUACUGCUUUGCACUAUGCUGCUGCUUCUGACAUGGACAGAAAAAGAAAGAAUAUUUUAGGUAACUCCCACGAAAAUGCCGAAGAACUUGAAAGAGCCAAUGAGAUGAAGGAAAAAGAAGCUGCAUUGUGUCUAGAGUUCCUGCUCCAAAAUGAUGCCAAUCCAUCGAUCCAAGACAAAGAAGGGUACAACACAGUGCACUAUGCUGCUGCUUAUGGCCAUAGACAGUGUUUGGAAUUGAUUGGAAACAAAACUCCAUUGGAUAUACUUCUGGAAAAAACCAGCAACAUUUUUGAUGAACCAGAUUCAGUAGCUACUAAAAGUCCUUUGCAUUUAGCUGCCUAUAAUGGUCAUCAUCAAGCCUUGGAGGUACUUCUUCAGUCUCUGGUAGACUUGGAUAUUAAGGAUGAGAAAGGACGCACUGCCUUGGACCUGGCUGCCUUUAAAGGACAUGCAGAAUGUGUUGAAGCUCUCAUCAGCCAGGGUGCUUCCAUCUUGGUAAAAGAUGACGUCACCAAAAGAACCCCACUCCAUGCCUCAGUCAUCAACGGUCACACACCAUGUUUGCGGCUGUUGCUGGAAGUUGCAGACAACCCUGAUGUGACAGAUGCCAAAGGACAAACCCCACUGAUGCUAGCUGUGGCAUAUGGGCACAUUGAUGCUGUUUCCUUGUUACUUGAAAAAGAAGCAUCUGUAGAUGCAGCCGAUUUCCUGGGAUGCACAGCUUUACAUCGAGGGAUUAUGACCGGGCAUGAGGAAUGCGUUCAAAUGCUGUUGGAACAAGAAGUAUCUAUCUUGUGUAAAGACUCCAGAGGCAGGACACCUCUUCAUUAUGCAGCAGCUCAUGGUCAUGCCACUUGGUUAAGUGAAUUACUGCAGAUUGCACUGUCAGAAGAGGACUGUAGUUUCAAAGAUAAUCAAGGUUAUACACCAUUGCACUGGGCUUGUUAUAAUGGUAAUGAAAACUGCAUAGAGGUACUAUUGGAACAGAAAUAUUUCCGCAAAUUUAAUGGUAAUAACUUCUCUCCAUUGCACUGUGCCGUAAUCAAUGAUCAUGAAAAUUGUGCUUCACUGCUCAUUGGGGCCAUAGAUGCCAGCAUUGUCAACUGUAAAGAUGACAAAGGAAGAACUCCACUUCAUGCGGCAGCCUUUGCUGAUCAUGUAGAAUGCUUGCAGCUUCUUUUAAAUCACAAUGCACUGGUAAAUGCUGCAGAUAAUUCAGGGAAAACGCCACUUAUGAUGGCAGCUGAAAAUGGACAUGCAGGUGCUGUAGAUUUUUUGGUGAACAGUGCCAAGGCUGAUCUGACUGUAAAGGAUAAGGACUUGAAUACACCCUUGCACUUGGCUAGCAGUAAAGGUCAUGAAAAAUGUGCCUUGUUAAUACUUGACAAGAUCCAAGAACAGAGCCUUAUUAAUGCAAAAAAUAAUGCAUUGCAGACACCUCUCCAUAUUGCUGCACGAAAUGGCCUAAAAAUGGUGGUUGAGCAGUUGCUGGCUAAGGGGGCGUGCGUACUAGCGGUAGAUGAAAAUGGUCAUACGCCAGCCCUGGCUUGCGCUCCUAACAAAGACGUGGCUGACUGCCUGGCACUCAUUUUGGCUACCAUGAUGCCUUUUUCUCCUUCCAGUUCAAUGAUGCCUUUCAACUUCGUUUGUUUUAAAAAAGACAAUUUAAGCAGGACACAUCUCUGCGAUGGCUCCAAUAUGGGCAGCAUUAACUCUUACAGUAAACCCUUGAGUAACAAUAUAGGAACAGAGGAUGGGUACAAUGAAAAUGAUUCCGAUUCUGAAACGUUCUGACUUUGGUAUUCAAAGCUUUUUCUUAAUUACAUUUGGGGUUUUUUUGUUUUUUUUUUUUUAAAAAGCUUGAAUCCCACAUUAUAUUUUUAAAGUAUUAUUAUUGACUGAAACUUCCGGAAUUAGGCAUUGGAAGGAUUAGUAACAUUAAAAAUAAUCUAGCCUUUAAUACAGAAGUUAGGGAUUUUCAUUUGAAUGAAUUCACGUUUAUGUUCUGUAGCUUCAAGUUUCACCAUGUUUUCUUUAGGCCCCAAGUGCUCCUAUGAAAGUUUCUACCUCUUUUUUUAAGUAGAAAAAGAGAAAAUGCCUUUUUCUUUUUGACAGCACAAAUGAACAGGGAACUGUUGUAUAAAAUAUUCAUAUGUCCUAGCUGUAUAGUUGGUACACAGAUGUCUUUCCAAUGUGGCUUUCUUAGAUUCCAAGAAAGAACCCCAACCCUCUCCUCAUUGUUGUCUAUUUCCUAGUUAACACAGAUUCUGUUGGGUAGAUAAUAGUUUGUUACACAAACCAAAGGUAAAGUUGUGCAUCUUUUUAAAUUACUGCCUGUAUUACCUUCUCUAAGGGAAAUAAAACAUUUUACACUCUGCAUGUAUUAAGCACUUAAAUAUACAGAAGGCACUUUUUAAAGAUCUUAGGUACAGCACACAAUUAGAAGAAUAGUGAUAUAAAAAUGUAAGGCCAAAUCCUGCUUGUCUCUCUCAUACCAAUAUUUCCCCACUGACAUCAGUGGAAUUACUUGUGUGAAGUCAGCAUGAUUCAGCAUGAUUUUUUUUUUCAAUUCAGCACAAAUAUAUAUGGUUUAUUUGCACUACAGAAUUAGGGUCAUUAGGAGCUUCUGUUACCUGAGCAAUUAACCACCAAUCUGAGAUCAGAACAAAAAUAAGCUGUUGAUUUAUGAUGCAUCUAAAUUUUGUUGCCAAUUUAAAUUGAUAUUUUUCAUUUUCUUUUCUAAACUUAUAUAGCUUGUUUUUACCAGGAACAUUAUCAGGUUUUAAAAUACUUUUGCCAAUAUUUGGGUUAAAAUGAAUAGAGCAAAGGUAAAUACAGAGCAAGUGAAAGCAUUACAUCAAAAGUGGACAUACCAAACAAACGCCAGUAAAUUUGAAAGCAUAUUAUGGAAAGGGAAUCAUGAUGUACUAGAACAGCCGAUUGACACCAGCUUGCUUAAGCAACAUCAACAUUGUGAAUAUAUCUACUCCUUCUGCCAAAGCUUCUAGGUCAAAUGGACCCCGUUCCUCGUCUGGAACAGAUGUACAAAAGGAAGACUGAGACUUUAAAAAAAUAAGCAAAUAAAUUACCAUGAACUAACCAGCUCUAUACCACGAGGACCAAAAUGCUUCAGUAUUUAAAUGGAAGAUUUUAAUUUUUUUCUGAAUGCAAGUGACAGAAUGAAGUAAUUUUUCUAAACAAUAAAAAUGUAAACUUUUUGAGUAAUGAAUAGUCUGGGGUGUAUUUUACAUUUUAUGACACAAAUUUCUAGCUGACAGCUUGACGUUUUUAACUGAUGAUGUGUUGACCACAGUUUAUUUUUUUCCAGACUAGAGAGAAUGUUCAUAUACUUUUAAUGUAAAUGUGUUUAUAUUUAUUUUAAAUGAAACCAAUGCCCAGGAAAAAUAACUAUGGCUUGUUCUCCUUUUUUGUGAAUCUUAUUUGGCAUAACACAAAAUGAAAUGUGAAUAUAAGCCAAGCCUGUUGGUCUGAGUGGGGAGGAGGGUGGGAGUGUGUAGUGUGGCCACAUGGGCUCAAAACUAACCUCAGGUCCUUACUCAUAUGGCUGGAUGUAAUGUGAAGAUGAAACAACCAGCCUCUGUUGGUUAAGGGUGGAGAGUGAAUUUGUGCAUUGCACCACUCGAACACCCUUUAUCCGACAGAUUAGAGCAUAGGAAAAACUCGCAACUUCCUAGCAGGGAAGGGGGGGCAUCAUAACGCAGCUAAAUUAUGUGGCACAGGGAGGAUAGAGGAGAUGUAAUGUGGCUUGGAGUAAAGAAAUUUGUUGAAACUACCUAUGAUUCCCACUCAGGCUGUUUGCAGGCUUAAGUCUAUGCUGGAAGGAUGGGAGGUGUCUCCUCAGUAAACACUUUAGGCAGGGCAAAAGAAAAAAUAGUUUUGGUGUUUUUUUUUUAAAUUGCCAAUUCUGACAGUAUUCUAUAUAAUCAAUGUCAACAUUUUCUAAAAUUUGUUGACAGGUUCCCAUUCUUCAUGAAGGGGAAAAAAACAUUUUAAGUAUGUAAUUCUUUGUGAGACUUUUAAUGCAUAUAUGGGUAUCUAGUAGUAUACAUAAUACAUUACCUGUAUUUUGCCCUGCUAAAAUUAAAUGAUUUUAAUGUCUCUAUGAAUAUUAUGAAAUAGAGAAUUUCAAAUCUUAAAAGUUAAAAAAAACUCAAGGGGUGUUCCCUUUAAGGAUUCACAUUUCUCUUUUUCUAUAUUUUUCCUGCAGUGGAAAUCCCAAGCACCUGAACCAUGGGCUUUCCCCUCCUACAUUAGUACUGUAUGACUAUUUUGAUUUUUUUUAAAAUUGCUAAAGAGCAAUAACUACUUUACUUAAAGCACUGAAAAUAAGGGGAGAGACCAACAUGGAAAGAGUGGUGGGUUCUGUGGUGUCUGUUUAGAAGUGAAUGGAAAUCCCACAUUUUGCUUUUUGUUGUUUCUUAAUGGAACAAACACUUAAAACUUCAUUUGCCAUGUUUUUUUUUUUAUUGGAAGGAGAAAAGGGUCACACUUACCCUAGAAAUGCAGAGGUAAUAGUCACAGUGGUCAUUUAAAAAAAACCAGCAUUCCCUAUUAGCUACCACACAGUGAUAGCGAAGAUACCAAUAUUUUAGUAGGAAGUAAUUGUGGUAUCUGUGUGGUAUUUGUCAAUAAAUGUUGAUUUUAGGAUGACCCAUUAUAUCUAACAUUAUAGAACUUUAGAUGAUUAUUGAAUUUCUUUGAUCAUUCUGUGCUCCCAAUUCAAAAUCCACUGAAGUCAGCAGAAUAAGAUUCCUAUUGAAUUAAAUGGAUUUUGGAUUGAGUACAAUCUACAAAUAGCAAAAGUGUAUAUCUGGUAUUUAAAACAAAGACAAAGGAACCAAAUCUAAAUUUUCUCAUUGACUACAAACUGGCCAUCCAGUUUUAGCGGUGAUUUCAAGUAUGCUAUAUUACAGGAAUCGUAGAAAAGAUAUCACAUAUGCUUUGUUGGUUACCCUCUUAAGGGCACUGGGAAAAUCAUGUGUUGAGCAUAGUACUCUUAGGAGAAAAAAAGUACAAUUUGGGUGAGAUUUUCAAAAGUGGUCAGCUUUGGUUAAAUUCUGCUCUUUUUGAAGUCAAUGGGAACAGAGUUAGCUAAAAUGUUGAACACUUUUGAAAAUCCCACCCUCAUAUUUUUAUUAGUACAAUAAUUUGUACACACUUACAGAAAUAAAUUUGUGAUUUAGGACGUUAUCUUGCAAACAUUUAAACAUGGGAAUAAUUUUACUCUUGUAAUAGUCAGUCCCACAGAGUUAAUGGAACUAUUCACAGGAGUAAAGUUACUUAUGUGCAUAAAUGUUACAGGAUGAGGCACUUCAGCCCUGAUUCGAUUAUAAUGUUGUUAUAGGGGCUACCUCUGUGCCUGUACACAACAUGGGGCUCUGUGUGAAUGCACUGGUCUGUCCCCAGAGUUCUAUGUGAAGGAUCAGGGUUUUAGUUUAUAUUUUAACCACAGUUGUAGGUGGACUUCAUUGCAGGAAUGGUUCUCAAGUCUCUAUCAUAAAUACCAAAAGUUACAAUCUUCAAAUUUCCUAAAAUCUGCCAUGAUUCUACAUUGAAAUAGCUAUGGGAAUUUCAGUUUAUCAUUACUAAAAGGGCACCAUAGUAUGUUUGGUACUUUUUUAUGCAGUAAACAGCUGCCAGAUUUAUUAUUAAAUCAGAACAAAUACAUAAAAUGGAUUAUUAUCCUUUGUAAUGUUGAGAAAUUUGGUUAUGUAUCAGUUGGGAUGAAUUAACGACUUUGUGAUUUUUUUUGUCAUGUAAGAAACUUUAGAGUGCCUUUUUAUAUUUGUGUAUUCUGGAAGUUUUUUGUGAAACUUGUUAUCUUUUGUUUUUCAUUUGAGUGUUAUCAAAGCAAUAUAAUACCAGUAAAUUUUCAUUUCAAGCCUUUUUGGGAAAGUAUAAAGUAGUUUUUUUCUUUUUGUAUGUUCUACCUGCAUUGAAAUGAAAAUUAAUUUGCUAAAUUUCUAUAGGAAAUUAUGUAUAAUUUUUGCAGUGCUGAAAAGGCUUUCUUAUUACACAAAAAGUAAACUUUAGGUCAGUGUUUAUAGGGCAGAACGUUUUAAAAUAGUGACAAUCUGAGAGUGUGCAUAAAAUGUAAUUCUAUGCGUUUCUUAUGCAGUGAUCUACAUAUUAAAAGCCAAUAACCUUAUGUUUUGUAGUUUUGUCUUAUUUUAUGCUUUAGCAUGUGCAAUAUAUCUUUACAAACCAUGGUGAUACAAAUCUGGUGCCAGUGUUAUAUUUUGCAUAACAUAUUUGUUAUAAACAAUAUAAAAUAUUGUUUGAUGGUUUUGGUGGGGUUUUGUCUGUAAUGUUUUCUUAUGUAAAUUGGAGUUUAAUUACUUCAGUAAAUGUCAUGACUGUACAAAAUGAGGAAAAAAAAUACUUAUUUCAGUGAAUGACUUGGAAUCCAAUCUGAAUCUGUUCAAGCACAGCUUAGUAUCUUUUUCAACUACUGAAUGCUGUAUUAAUGUAAUGAAGUACCCUGACUGUAAACUACUAUUGAAAUGCAUUCAGAUGGUUAUUUUUACAAAUAAAAAUGGUACAAAUAUUGUUGCAAAA